AUGCAAAAGUAAAAUAUAGUUUCAGGCUUUGAAGUCAUAGAUAACUUUUCGGAUGAUGAAACACAUCCUAAUAAAUAGCUGAACUAGCCUAGAUAAUAAAAAUCUGAUAUAAAAAGCUCUAAAUAGCAAUCAAAAUAAGAUGAAAACAUUACAAAAUAAGAGUAGAAAAAUAAAAUAGAAUAGUAAUAGCAAUUCAUAGAAAAUUCAUAAAACUACGAAUAGACAGAUGAAACAGAUGACACUGAAUUUCUGCAUAAAAAUAUUCCAAAGAUAUAUGCAAUUACAUUUUCGUAAACAGGAAAAACUGUAGCAAUAGGAACUGAAGAAGGGUUGAGAAUAUAAUCAUCUGAAUCAUUAAAAGUUGGAAUGUUAAAUAAAAAAUAUAUUAUGGAAAAAGAAAAAAACUCUUUUUAUUGUGGUAUUAAGCUUGUUUCUUUAAUGUUUGAUACUUAUAUUUGUGCUUUAGUCACUGAUAAUAAGAACAAAUAAUAUCCUGAUUCUAAAGUUUAUAUUUGGGAUUAAAAAAAUAGUCAAAUAAUAGGUUAGUAUGAAUUCUAUUCGCCAAUUCUAUAAAUUUGUUAUAUGAGAGAAUUCCUUUUAGUUGCAAGCGAGUAACGUUUAGUCUUGUAUGACAUAGUGCAAAAAAAACCACUAAAAUAUAUUUUAGAUAUAUCUACUCCUUAAAAAUUUGUAGCUAGCUAACGUUAUGACACAUUCACCUUUUGUUAUUUAACAAAAAAUAAAGGAAUGAUUAUAGCAACAAAUGUUUGGUAUGACAACCCAGUUUAAAUUGACUUUAAUUAGGAAAUAGGCGUUUCUACACCAUAAUCUUUAGAAUAAAGAGAAUUUGAUAUUUCAAAUAUGGUUUUAAGUCAUGAUGGAAGUCUAUUAGCUGCCUGCGAAAAAGGUGGUAAUAUUAUCAAAAUUUUUGAUACAGAAAAAGGUAAACUCAAAUGUACUCUUUACAGAGGUAAAUAUCCUAAAAUAAUUACAGACAUGUAAUUUAAGAAGGACUUAACUGCUUUUGGAUUAAUAAGUACUUAUGAAUAGAAAAGUGAAGAUGAAGGCACUAUACAUAUAUAUGAUAUAUCUAUGAUAAGUUAAUUUAAUAAGGAGCCAAAUAAAAUACCUUUUACUAGGUUUUAAAAUAUCAGAAGCUAAUAAUUCAAUUUCGAUAUUCUCAAAAAAUACUCUUAUGCAUCAAAAGAUACAAAAUUCUAAGGGCCUUUAAUUUAAUUUGAUCCUUAAGGUGGUAAUUCAUUUACUAUUUAUUCAGAAUCUGAUUAUACACUAAGUUAGGAAUAUAAUUUAACUUCUGAUGAGCCUAAAAAAAGACUUACAGAUAAUUAAAAGCAAGAUGGAUGGAUAGAUCCUAUUUAAGAUGGGUGA